CAGUGUCGCCAUUUUGGUUCUGAAGGGGGGCCUGCUGUCACCACGUGAAGGCGAGGAGCCCCAGACAGCGAAGUUCGGGGGGCAUUUAGGAUACAGUAGACAAUCCGACCAGAAUAUAGCGGAUUCCGAUUCAUGAUCACAGCAAAGUCACGGUGAUCGCCAUUCAAGUAGCACCAUGCCUUCGAUCACUCUGCCGCCGAAGGAGAACGCUCUCUUUAAGAGAAUAUUGAGAUGCUACGAACGCAAGCAGUACAGAAAUGGGCUCAAGUUUUGCAAACAGAUCCUGUCCAACCCAAAGUUUGUCGAACACGGAGAAACACUAGCAAUGAAGGGACUGACUCUGAACUGCUUGGGCCGAAAGGAGGAGGCAUAUGAUUUAGUACGACGGGGUUUACGAAAUGACUUGAAGAGUCAUGUCUGUUGGCACGUGUACGGUUUGCUUCAGCGCUCAGAUAAGAAGUAUGACGAGGCCAUUAAGUGCUACAGGAAUGCUCUGAAAUGGGACAAAGACAAUCUGCAAAUCCUCCGAGAUCUCUCACUGCUGCAGAUCCAAAUGAGAGACCUGGAAGGUUACAGGGAGACCCGGUACCAAUUACUGCAGUUGCGGCCGGCUCAGAGAGCGUCCUGGAUUGGCUAUGCCAUUGCGUACCACCUUCUGGAAGAUUAUGAGAUGGCAGCGAAGAUUGUGGAAGAGUUCCGCAAAACACAACAGACAUCUCCGGAUAAGGUGGAUUACGAGUACAGUGAGCUGUUGCUGUAUCAGAAUCAGCUGUUGAGGGAGGCUGGGCUUUUCAAAGAAGCUCUCGAUCACUUGACCAGCUAUGAAAAACAAAUUUGUGACAAACUGGCUGUGGAGGAGACACGAGGAGAGCUUCUUCUGAAACUGGAUCGGGCUGGUGAAGCUACAGAGAUCUAUUACCGACUGCUGGAGAGAAACCCUGAGAACUGGAGCUACUAUCAAGGGCUAGAGAAAGCACUCAAACCAAAGAGUGCAGAGGAGAGACAGAAAAUCUAUGAAGAUGCCUGGGUUAAGUAUCCAAAAGGCCUGGUGCCAAGAAGACUUCCUCUCAGCUUCCUCACAGAUGAGAAGUUUAGAGAGUGUCUGGAUCGGUACCUGCGGAUGAACUUCAGCAAAGGAUGCCCGCCUGUCUUUACCACGCUCAAGUCAAUCUACCCUCAUAAAGACAAGGCGGCGAUAAUUGAGGAGUUAGUUGUGGGCUAUGAAAAAAGUUUGAGAUCCUGUAAAAUGUUCAACCAAAAUGAUGAUGGGAAAAUGGAGCCUCCCACCUCUUUACUAUGGGUUCAGUAUUUCCUGGCCCAGCAUUUCAACCAUAUCGGCAAACAGAUGCUUGCCCUAGAAUACAUCAACGCAGCCAUUGAAAGCACCCCCACCCUCAUAGAGCUCUUCCUCAUCAAAGCGAAGAUAUACAAGCAUUCAGGUAACAUCCGUGAAGCUGCUCGUUGGAUGGACGAGGCCCAGGCUCUCGACACUGCUGACCGCUUCAUUAACUCCAAGUGUGCUAAGUAUUUGAUCAAGGCUGGCCUUAUCAAGGAGGCAGAGGAGAUGUGUUCCAAGUUCACACGGGAAGGUACUUCUGCAGUAGAGAAUCUGAAUGAGAUGCAGUGCAUGUGGUUCCAGACAGAGUGCGCUCUGGCCUACAAAUCCUUGAACAAAUACGGAGAGGCGCUGAAGAAGUGCCAUGAAAUUGAGAGACACUUUGUGGAGAUAACGGACGACCAGUUUGACUUCCACACAUACUGCAUGCGGAAGAUGACACUGCGCUCGUACGUGGAUUUGCUCCAACUGGAGGAUGUGUUGCGCAUACACCCUUUCUACUUCAAGGCAGCGCGCACGGCCAUUGAGAUCUACCUCAGCCUUCAUGAUAACCCGCUUUCUGAUGACAACAAGGAGUCACAGGCAGACAAUGACAACCUGACGGACAAAGAGCUGAAAAAGUUGCGAAACAAACAGAGACGUGCCCUAAAGAAAGCUCAGUUAGAGGAGGAAAAGAAGAAUGCUGAAAAAGAGAAACAGCUGAAGAACCAAAAGAAGAAAAAGGAAGAGGAUGAAGAGGAGAUUGGAGGACCUAAAGAGGAGCUAAUACCAGAAAAACUGGCAAAGGUUGAGAAUCCUCUAGAAGAAGCGGUUAAGUUUCUGACUCCCCUGAAGAAUUUAGUAAAGAAUAAAAUAGACACGCACCUACUGGCCUUCGAGAUCUACUGCAGGAAAGAAAAGUAUCUUUUGAUGUUGCAGUCGAUCAAGAGAGCUUACUCAUUGGACCCUGAUCACCCCUGGCUCCACCAGUGUUUAGUGCGAUUCUUCAAAGGAGUGUCAGACAGUAAGGGCAUGCCCGAGGCAGUGCAGACGGUUCUGAAGCAGGAGAUCACGAAACUGUUCGGCGAGAGCGACCCCAAGACCUUCAACCAGAAUUUCCUGAGCAAGCAUGCCAAUUCAAUACCACACAGAUUUGCAGCUUCUAAGAUGAUGGUCUGUCUGGACCCCUCCUCUGAGGGCAUGGCUGCAGAGCUUGCUACCUCUUUGAAUGAGUCCUUGACGGGCAGAACAAUUCAGACGUGCACAGAGGUGACCCAGGCUUUGAGGGAUGGCAGUCUGGGCUCGCAGCAGGAGAAAGUUGUCGAAUCGUAUCGUGCAUUGUGCCACGGUCUCUACCCCUACGCCCUGGCUUUCAUGCCCCCUGGAUACCAGGACAACUCUGCAGUGACCACCAAUGGUGACCUGUCACCCUGCGACCAUGAGGACAUGCCCAAUGAGAUGUGAGCAUUUUUAGGAAAGAGCAGGGAGGCCCUUUUUUGGCCGUCAGCAUUUUGAAACCAGACGCCCCACAGAUGUUCAGACUCUACUGCACUAACGAGACCACAGUUACCUUCCGCCUUCACUUCCACUCACGGGAGCGAGCGAGCGAGCAAGCAAUAUGGGAAAAUAUCUGUUUUACUUCUUUUCUUUCUAUCUGCUUUUUUUUUUUUUUUAAAUGGCCAAUUGCGUCUCUUAUGCUAGAACAGAAUAAACGGUAUUACAGAAAAUGUAAAAGAUUGAGAAAGACCGUCACAGUGAUCUUAUUUGGCCUAAGUCAUGUUUAUCAGACAAAGACAUCUGCUUUUCAUGUUUUUAAGAGUAAUUUAUAUAAAAUAAUAUUAAAGAGAACAGAAUAAUAUCAAAAGGAGCAAUACUUUGGAUCCUGGUUUUACUAACAUGGUCGUGUGCCAAACCUGUGGGGCGGAUGUUUAGAUGCAGAUAACGGCACCUGUUGAGAGGGGACUGGGUGGAGGUCAGGGGGAGUGUGGCAGUGAAUUAUUGUUGCAUUGUGUUGCUGGGCACAAAGCAGUUUCAGGAUCAGCCACCAGGGGAAACCAGCAGUCAAAGCCCAAUAUGACUGUCAGGAGGAGACUUUGUUCAGUCAAUAAGUUGAUAGUAGAAUUGAUUGAAAGGUUACCUGGAGUACCGAGGAGAGGCAGACUUGCAUCUCUUUAUUUUUCUCUUUCGUCCUCUGUUGCCUUUCGGUUAUUCGGCGAAUGUCUUCGAGGUGGCAUCUAUUGGACUUGUAGGACUUUUACUGUGACUGUUUCUUUUGGGUUUGUUUGGCUUAUUUUAUUUUUCUUCCACUCAUUGUUUGGGUUCUCACAUGAUGGUUUCAAACUUUUGGUUUAUAAUUAUUUUGUUUUUUUCCAUAAUGCAAGACUACAACAAGCAAGUCUGAAUUCUGAGAACAUGUUUCAUCAUUUGACACUCAUGCAGUUACAAAUAAAACAAAAUAACAUUA